AUGGGUGGAAGGGAACAGAAGAAGAUCAAUGUCAAGCCCAAUCCGAGAUAUGAGAAGGCGGGGAUGAAGAGCUAUGCCAGUUUGUUGAAGAAAUACGACUUUGCCCCGACCACUGAAGGCCCCUACCAGAAGGUUGACGAAGUUCCCAAGAACUUCAGGAACCUCUUUAAGCCAAAGAGCAAGAAGUCCACCAAGCCCGUGCUCUGGAAAGUCCACGAUGACGGCCAGAAGGGCGAGGUCAAGGCCGAAGAUCAGAUGAACGAUUCCUUGUACCUCUGCCCUGUCGAGAUCGGAACCCCGCCACAGGUUUGCAACUUGGACUUUGAUACUGGGAGUUCGGAUCUGUGGCUCUGGUCCACCGAACUCAACUCUACGACCCAAGCCGCCGGAAAGUCCUCCGGCCACAACAUCUACAACCCCAAGUCCUCCUCAACCUGGAAGAAAAUCUCCGGUUCCUCCUGGAGGAUCCGAUAUGGCGAUGGUUCCAGCGCCUCCGGCAUCGUCGGCACCGACAAUGUCACCCUCGGCGGACUGUGCAUCGAAAACCAAGCCAUAGAGCUUGCGUCCAAGCUCUCCCCGCAAUUUACCAAAGGCGCCGGUGACGGACUCCUUGGUCUCGCGUUCGGCAUAAUCAACACCGUGAAGCCCAAAGCUGUGAAAACGCCGGUCGAGAGCAUGAUCGACCAAGAUGAUAUCGAAGAAGGGGAGGAGCUAUUCACGUGUUAUCUGGGCAGCUGGCGGGAUAGCGACGAGGCAGACCACGGCGAGAGCUUCUACACGUUCGGGUAUAUAGAUCAGGAUGUUGUCAAGCGGUGUGGAACUGAGGUGCACUACGUUCCCAUUGAUCCGAGUAUGGGCUUCUGGCAAUUCAACUCUGAGUCUGCAACCGUGAAUGGACAGACUAUCGAUCGCCCUGGAAACACGGCCAUAGCGGACACCGGUACGACCCUCGCGCUUGUGGACGACGCGCUGUGCAACGCGAUCUACGGUGCUAUACCCGGCGCAAAGUUUGACAGCCAACAGCAGGGCUAG